CCGUUAAUUUCGCAUAUCAUAAAUUCUCGAAGCUUUCAGAAUCUGUGAAACACAAAAACUAGGGUUUCGUAUUUGCAGAAUUGCAGUGUAAUCUUUCUUUCUCCAUCAGAAAAACAAAGAGACGAUGAUUUACGACGUGAACUCUCCUCUUUUCCGAUCCUUCCUCAGCCAGAAGGGUGGCUCCUCCGAUAAGAGGAAAAACGAGGAGCAGAAGCCAAAAGAACAGAGAUUCAAAGCCAACGAGAACAAGCCAGUUAUGACAGAGUGAUAAACAGCAAUGCUCCAUUAGAAUGAAUAGCAUGUUAGUUUGUUAUUUUACGGGUGCUAUGAAAUGGAAGAUAUUUUUGAUUGUUUUCUAAUAUAUAUGUUGUGGUGACUUUAGAGCUUGUUAUUGUAAUGGUUUGAUUUUGAUUAUGGUUGCAUAAACCUGUGUUGAACAUAUAUUGACUUUAUGCAAUGAAAGUACCCGAUUAGAAGUUUUGCUUGAAA